AUGACUUUCCAGACCUACAGCUUGUUUGUUCUGUCUGUCAUCCUGUGUUGUUUUGGACAUGUUGAAAAUAGACUAAAUCUGCAUCAACUUCAAAAUGAUAUAGACAAACUGAAAGCUGACUUUAACUCAAGUCAUUCAGAUGUAGCUGAUGGUGGACCUAUCUUUACGGGGAGACUGUCAAGCUGGACAGAGAGAAAUGAAAAAAGGAUCAUCCUGAGCCAGAUUCUUUCCAUGUACUUGAAAAUGUUUGAAAACACUGACAAGACAAAGGCCCAUGUCAGGAACAUCUCUGAGGAGCUCUAUACACUGAAAGAAAGCCUUUCUGAUGGCUCAAAGAAGGCAGAAGAUCUCAAGGACCUGACAAAGCUUCAGAUGACUGACUUGAAAAUCCAACGCAAAGCUGUGAGUGAGCUGUUCAGCGUCUUACAAAAACUGGGGGAUGUUUCAAGCUCUCACAACAGGCAAAGAAGGCAGUUUCAGAGGAGGUGCAGAUGCUAA